UGACCGCGGGUCUCAGUCAGCGACGGUGCGGGAGGAUGGUUCUGUUACAUGUGUUGUUCGAACAUGCUGCUGGCUAUGCAUUGCUGGCAGUUAAAGAAGUUGAGGAGAUCGGCUUGCUUCUUCCUCAGGUGGUGGAGAGUAUGCUGACCAUUGGCAAAUUCAACAGUAUUGUUAAACUAGUGGCAUUUUCACCGUUUAAGUCUGCUCAAAGUGCCCUUGAAAACAUGAAUGCUGUUUCUGAAGGUAUUGUUCACGAGGACAUGAGGCUCCUGCUGGAGACAAACAUGCCUGCUUCCAGCAAGAAGAGGAAGGUGAUCCUGGGGGUGGCAGAUCCAAAAAUUGGAGCGGCGAUCCAGGAGGAAAUUGGCAUCCACUGUCAAACUGGAGGGGUGGUGGCAGAAAUCCUUCGAGGGGUGCGGCUUCAUUUCCACUCGCUGGUGCAGGGUCUGUCUGCACUAUCUGCUGCCAAAGCCCAGCUAGGCUUGGGGCACAGCUACUCUCGGGCCAAGGUGAAGUUUAAUGUGAACCGUGCAGACAAUAUGAUCAUCCAGUCUAUCAGCCUGUUGGACCAACUGGACAAAGACAUCAACACAUUCUCCAUGAGAGUCAGAGAGUGGUAUGGAUACCACUUCCCAGAGCUCAUCAAGAUUGUUGCAGACAACUAUACUUACUGUCGACUAGCAAAACUAAUUGGGAAUCGCAAGGAGCUAUCCGAGGAGAGCCUGGGCUCCCUGGAAGAGAUUGUAAUGGACAGUGCCAAAGCCCAGGCCAUCCUUGAUGCAGCACGCAGUUCUAUGGGUAUGGAUAUCUCUCCAAUCGACCUCAUUAACAUCGAGAGCUUCUCUAACAGAGUGGUUUCUCUGGCUGAAUACAGGACUACUUUACAGGAUUACCUGCGCUCCAAGAUGAGCCAGGUGGCACCCAAUUUGGCAGUCCUCAUUGGGGAGGUGGUGGGUGCCCGUCUCAUCUCCCACGCAGGCAGUCUGACGAAUCUGGCCAAGUACCCAGCCUCAACGGUGCAGAUUUUGGGUGCAGAGAAAGCUUUGUUCAGAGCAUUAAAAACCAGAGGAAACACUCCCAAGUACGGCCUCAUCUUCCACUCGACAUUCAUUGGCCGAGCGGCAGCAAAGAAUAAGGGCAGGAUUUCCCGUUACCUGGCCAACAAGUGCACAAUAGCAUCAAGGAUUGACUGCUUCUCAGAAAUACCCACUAGUGUUUAUGGAGGCAAGCUUCGAGACCAGGUUGAAGAAAGGUUGGCAUUCUACGAGACUGGUGAAGCUCCUCGCAAAAACAGCGAAGUUAUGAAGGAGGCUGCCACUGAGGCAGCUGAAGUGGCAGCAAAGCUGAAGAGAAAGAUGGAAAAGAAAGAGAAGAGGCGAAAGAAGAGAGAGAAGAGAAAGCUGGAAGGCCUGGCUGCUGAGCAAGGACAGGAGGAUGAGGAGGAGGAGCCAGCUACAAAGAGAGCCAAACUGGAGAGUGAGGAGAAUGGAGAUGUAGAAGUGGAGGUGAAGAAAAAGAAGAAGAAGAAGAAAACUGAUAAUGAGGAACUGAUGCUUGACAGUGUGUCAAACGGUGUCCAGGAAACAGUUGUCCCAAAGAAGAAGAGGAAGCAGCUUGUGGCUGAGGAGGUAGAGGAGCCAGUGACUCCUGUGUCAGAUAAGAAGAAGAAAAAUAAAAAGAACAAAUCUGAGUAGGGGAUGCUGAAACUACCCUCUUAACCCCGUUGGGAACUGGUUUAAAAUUACUUAUUUUUAUAUAAAUAUUUUAUUUUGAUUGUUCGGUUUGUGUGCUGCCUAUUGUGCAUGUAAUGAGACCUGUGUCAUACCAGGGCCUUGGGGCUGAGUGUGAGGGAGCUCUCAUACUCCCUAUUCCAUCCAGGAUUAUUCCUGCUGAGUGCUGUUUGAGGCAGUGCCUUCAGUCCAGUUGCUGUGUGGAGGUAUUACUUGUGUUCAUACAACACAGCUUUACCAGGAACAAAAACAAAGUUGCUGGAAAAGUUCAGCAGGUCUGGCAGCAUCUGAAAAGGAGGAAACAGAGUUAACGUUUCGGGUCCGGUGACCCUUCCUCAGAACAGCUUUACCAGGGACUGGGGUUUUCACCACAAAUGUCUUGAUAUGACGGAUUCAGUCCUGGCAUUAUGCUGGUCAAUACCAAUAGAAAGGAUUCACUGGUAGGCCGCAGUCACAGUGGUCUUGCUGGCCUGAAAUUAAUGUCCUGUGUUGUCCUCUGGUGGAGCAAGGAGUUGGUGAAACUCAGCAGUGUUCAACUUGGAAAUUGUAUAUAUGUACAGUUAUUAAAUUUCUGUCUUGCA